CUCGAGGACGCCGGCCUCGCGCACGCGGCGGCGCUCGACGUGAAGAAGACGGAGGUGGCGAGGGCGCGCAAGCGGGCGCGCGCCGUCGAGGGCGACGCGGCGAAGCUGCCCGGGCUGCAGCUCCAGGUCAAGGAGCUCAAGACCAAGGUCGAGGAGCUGCGAGCGGAGCGUGAGAGCGAGAGCGAGAGCGAGAGUGACGAGGAGGAGGGCGGCGGCGCGGCGCAGCAGCGCCGCAAUAAGCGCGGGCGGUUCGAGGCGGGCGAUUGGCGCCUCCGGCCGCUGGAGUGGGCGGCGCUGUCGCGCCGCACGCCACCAGGCGCCGUCCCCAAGAUCAUCAGCGACGUGCUCAACGCGUUGGCGCCCGACGUCGUGUACCACGAGCCGGCCGCGCGGCAGAUGCGGGCGCGGCGCAUGGAGCUCACUAUCGCGGGCGAGUGCAUCAACUACGUGCGCGUGGCCAAGGCGAAGCGCGUCGUCUCGUUCGGCAUCGACGAGUCGAGCAAGUUCGGCCUCGGCGUCGUAUCGACCAAUACGCAGAUCGAGGAGCACGGGGCGGCGGCGGGAGAGACGGUCGACGUAGUGAUGCGCGGCGCAGUGCUCUCCGCAGGUGGCACGUCGGAGGCGCUCGCCGAGCUCGUCGACAAGAAGCUCUUCGCGCACGGGCGGGCGUGUAUUGCGGGCUGGUCGAAGGUCCACGAUGCCAAGUUCGGCGCCGGCAGCUGGGAGCAGGACGGCGGGCCGCCGCCCGACUCGCUGGGCAUGCACCGCCUCUCCGAACACACCGUCAUCAUGGGCGACACCUGCAACGGCGCGGAGAAGCUCAAGCAGCUGCUGGUGGCGGCGGCGGAGUCGGCGGGCAGGGCGGCGGUCGGCGAGGCCGCCUGGGCGGGGAUGGAGCAGGCGGAGCGAGACGCCAAGGUCAAGUCGUACAUCGGGCGCUGCGGGCAGCACCAGCGCAACAUCAUCAUCAACGCGCAGUCGCUCAAGCAGACCGAGUCCCUCAAGGCGGAGCUCGAGGACUCGCUCGACGAUUUCUCCGCGUACGAGCGGAUGAGUGUUGCCGUGAGCGACCUGAUCUACGCGGCGGGGAAGGAGCUGCACACGAGCCAGGCACCGCCCGAGCCCCGCCUCACUAAGCAUCAUACGUAUGCUCUGGGCAAGGGGCGCGAGGCGGACGCCUGGGCGAAGACGGUGCACUCCUCGGCGCCGCACCUCCCGUACGAGCGCCCGGAGGGGAACCGGCAGGAUGGCGUGCUCGACGGCUCGGUGCCGCUGUUUUGGAACAAGCAGCGCGCGCUCGAGUUCUUGCAGGCUCUGAAGGUCCCGGGCGCGGACAACAAGCUCGAGAACUUCCUCCUCACCGUGUUGAGCUGCAACGAGAUGACAGCGGCUUUGCGAGUCAAUGUGCUUUGGAAGUACAUCUUCUCCGAGCCGGCGCGCUGGCUCACCGGCAAGGCCGGCGAGCUCGGCUGGGGGCUCGACGACUCGAGCGAGCUGCUCGACGCCAUCUACGACAUGAUGCAGGCCGUCGCCGCGGACGGCCGCCGGCUGCUCGACCCGGCCUACGACCCCUUCGCCUCCUUCGCGGCCAAGUACCCGGAGUUCGCGGCGUGGCGCACGGCGCACGCGAAGGAGGAGCUCAAGGCGGCGGACGGCACGUCCUACCCGAUCCACGCGAUGGUGCUGGCAGAGGCGCGCGAGCCGACGCGCGCUGGCAACAUCCAAUGCGAGGCACGCGUCAUCACGCUCGCCGAGGAGAUGGCCGAGGCGGCGCUGUUCGCGAUGCGCGACCCGCGGCGCUCGAUCUCGAGCAUGCUCGUGUCGCAGGGGGGCAAGUUCGCCGUCGGCGCUGAUCCGGGCCGCAACGCUGCGACGGCCGGCGCGCACGCGACCAACGACCGCGUCGAGUCGAACUUCGGCUGCCUCGACAUCCUGAUGCGGAUGUGGCGGCACGCGACAGUUGAGUCGGUGUCGGGGAUGGCGCAGCAGAUGCGGAUGCACGACUUCGACCGGCCGCCCAACACCCUACACGACAGACGCAAGCGAAAGCACGCGGCGCAGGCGCACUCGGGGGGCUACUUCUACUCGGGCCUCACCGAGCGGCAGCGCGAGUCGCUCGUCGAGUUCGCGCGACUCGAGGUGGCGAGCGCGCGCGACGCCGGCCGGCAGGCGCUCAAGGCGCAGGCGGCGGAGAAGCUCGAGCGCCGCGAGGAGCGCGUGACCGCGAUGCUCAACAAGGCGGUGGAGCGAUACGCGUACGCCACGUCCGUCGGGUACUUUUCGCGUAUAAAAAUCGGCUGCACGGGCCUUCCAUCUGGUGCUACCAACGGCCUGGCGGCCUCGGAUCCGGCCUCGCAGCUCGACGCGAGCGCCAAGCACGACCAGAGCUGCUCCGGCGUGGUUUGGAGCGAGGCUCUCCGGCGGCCUCAGGGGCCUUGCCGAGGGCCGCUUCAGCGCGGUCACAGUGCCGUGGAGCCGGCCAGCGUGCUCGCAGCCAUGCCGCUGCUGCCUAGCGCUGGCCUGUGA